UCUUCAGCACAAUUGAAGCAGAAGGAAACUCAAACAAUGGAGCGGAACUCGUCGUCGUCAGCCGAGAUGCUCAGAAUGCCCGACCACAUUACCACUCCAACGUUCACAUGUGAGGUGUGCAAGAUAUCGGUGCGCUCAGCGCAGAAGCUAAUGGAUCACGUCAACUUUUCGCCACUCCAUCAAGCUUCUCUCGGUUUGAACAAUAGCUCGAAAGCUGGAAGUACCAAGACUGCAAAACACAUGCGUAAACUGCUGUACGAUGGCUCGAAGCUCUUCUGGCGUGUCAACGAGACGCUGGAUCUGUGUAUCUACGAAGAUACGGCGAUAAACACCGUCACCAUUCGAGCAUUCCAGCACAAAUCGCCGCAGGAAAGUGACCCUACAAGCUCUGCUGACCCCAUUCCAGCUCUGGAUGUCGACUCGCGUCGAUUGCGUCAAACCCUCGGGAUCGACACAGCUACUAAGGCAACUGGAAGAAUGGCGUAUCCUCCCAAGUCCAGUGGCGAAUCAUCGACCCCAGCGCGUUCAAGCGAGUUGAUCACGAAAUAUUUACUUGCUCGGCUUCAGGCUCGACGUGACACGCUCGAUCGAGUAAACCUCUUCUUGCAGAAGAUAAACGACGAUGAGGUGGAUCCAGCCGAUCUCUUGUUGACCACAAUCGGAAGCUCUCAGGCGCUGCCCAGUGAUCUUGAGGUUCGUCGUCGUCACACUAUCGAUGAUGUGAAAGAUGCACAGAACGAAGUGUCUGUGGCGACCACGAGGCUAAAGAACGCACGUAUCAAAGCUGAGGAGCUGUCGAACCUAGCGCGAAAGACGCUCGAUACCUUUUCACGACAAUAUGGCUCGAGCUCUGACGACAUGAGAAUGAUCGCACGAGAGAGAGCCAAUGCCAGUGCGUUGGCAACAUCGGCGUCGAACACCAUCAUGGGUAUGAACGGCGGCCAACGUUUUACUGUCAUGGACAGCAAGCCUGCCGCUGACUGGACGCGUGCUUACGAUCGUGUGGUGCUUCAGAGUGCUGUCGGGCGCAGUAAGGAAGUGAUCGAACAUUUGCCCCAGUAUGAGCAGAGAAUGGGACAAAUUAAACGAAGCUAA